ACGCGCCGGGCACCACCCCCGCGACCUCCGCAGAGGCGCGCUUGGCCACGCCCAUCCCGCGCUUGGCCACGCCCCCGGAGCGCGGGAGCGGCGCGGCCCCGCAGUCCGCAGUACCAUGCGGCUCUCGGUCCUGCUGAGCGCGGCACGGCCGCGGCUGCCCCCGGGCUACCGGCACGGCAUGUGGCCCCCGGACUCCACGGCCGCCCGGCUCCGCAACCCCCCGGGGCAGCGCCGCCGCAAGGUCUUCGUGGAACCCAUCGCCAAGGACGACUGGAAGGUGUUUAAGGGUGACACGGUGCAGGUGCUGGUCGGGAAGGACGCGGGGAAGCAGGGCUUGGUCAGCCAGGUGGUGCAAGCCCGCAACUGGGUGGUGGUGGAAGGACUGAACACGCACUUUCGCUACGUCAACCGCACGGCCAAGUACUCGGGCACCUACAUCGCCAGCGAGGCGCCGCUGCUGCUCAGCCAGAUCUCCCUGGUGGACCCCGAGGACCGGAAGCCCACGGAGGUGGAGUGGAGGUUCACGGAGGAGGGCGAGCGCGUCCGCGUGUCGCUGCGCAGCGGCCGCAUCCUGCCCGUGCCCCCGCAGCCGCGCCAGGACGGCGUCGUUCCCGAGCAGUGGAUCGACGGCCCCAAGGACACGUCGAAGGAGGACGUGCUGGCCAAGACGUACCGGCCGUCGCUGAAGACCUUCGAGGAGGAGGUCAUGGAUGCCAUGGGCAUCGUGGAGACACGCCGGGCCAAGAAAUCCUACUGGUAUUAACUGGGGGAGCUAGGGGCCCCCUGAGGGGGGCCUAGAAAUCCUACUGGUACUAACUGGGGGAGCUGGGAGCCCCCCGAGGUGGGCUCUGCAAUAAACACCCCCUUCAUUUGC